AUUUACUGUUUUUAUUGAAGAUAACAUUAUUUGGGUGAUACUGAUAAGUGUUAUAAGCCGAUAAAGGCAUUAGGCCGAUGUUGUCAAUCAUAAUAUUGGAGACUGAGUGUAGACGUGGUUCUGAUUAUAAUGUAAAACGGUGUUUUUUGACUUAUAUAAAAAUACAGGCAGUGUAGUUCAAACGUUUCUACUUGUUUACAGAAUAUUAACAGUAUUAUUCAGUAUCCUAGCUUACCUAUCGUAUGUUUGUAUUUUAGAUCGGUUAUAAUACUACAAUUGGCCUCUUGUGAAAAUAAGGAAAUUCGAGGUUAACAAUUGAUCUAACCUGAAAAAGUUUAGUAAGUUACUCCUUACAAGCUUUAUUAUAAUGCGAAAUUCAGCUUCUUGCAACUGUAUUUGUUAUUUUCUUUCUCUUGUAGGUUUGGGAUUAUUAUGUAUUGCUGUUGUUAACAUUUUCAUAUUUGAGACAUUACUAACUGAUGUAUAUACUAAAAGAGGAUUACCACUCGCCAUCAAUACCUGGCCAUUUACCAAUGCUACCGCCACUGCAUGGGAUGCUGUGUACAGACGCAACCUAUCUGCCAUUGAUGCCGUAGAGCUCGGCUGCUCGGUCUGUGAAAGAGAGCAAUGUGAUUUUACAGUUGGUUAUGGUGGUAGCCCUGAUGAAAAUGGAGAAACCACACUUGACGCUUUCAUCAUGGACGGAGUAACAAUGAACAUUGGCGCGGUUGGUGCCCUGCGAGAGAUAAAGUCUGCCAUUUCGGUAGCACGCCGUGUAUUGGAACACACACGACACUCCAUCCUGGUGGGAGAGCUGGCCACACAGUUUGCAUUGGAAAUGGGUUUCCGCAAGGAGAACUUGACAACGAAACAAUCCCAACAAAUGUGGAGCAGCUGGCAAAGCAACAGUUGUCAGCCCAACUUCUGGUUGGAUGUUGAGCCAGAUCCAAGCCAGCAAUGUGGCCCCUACCAUCCCUUGCUUUCAGGCAAGACCAUUACAAACGAUCAAGUCAAAUACAGUCACGAUACCAUCUCCAUGGUAGCUCUUGACAGACAGGGAAGAGUAGCUGUAGGUACGAGCUCCAAUGGUGCCAACCACAAAAUACCGGGUCGAGUGGGAGAUGCACCACUCGUGGGUGCUGGUGGCUAUGCAGAUGGAACAGUUGGUGCAGCCGCAUGCACUGGAGAUGGUGAUGUAAUGAUGCGCUUCCUUCCAAGUUUUCUGGCUGUGGAAGAGAUGCGUCACGGGUCGUCACCUGAGGAGGCUGCGAAGACUGCCAUCUCUCGUAUCGCCAAAUAUUACCCAACAUUCAGUGGUGCAAUCAUCACGGUUAACAUCCAAGGUGACUACGCCGCAAGCUGCCAUGGACUCGACAGUUUCCCCUACUCUGUUCACAGUCCCCAAUAUCCCUCAGGAGUUGUAUUGAGGGCUUCUUGCAUCUGAGCUGUCGUGUAUGUUACUAUUGUAUCUGUGAUAUUUCUUCUGUAUACCCUAGUUGAGCUCAAUAUAGAUUUGAGAUAGGUAUAAGAGAGCAAUAUGUAUGGACUGAUAAUCACAUGUCUCUUAAGGGACUCAUAAAAUUAAAUUUUUCAUAAGUAAAAUGUU